AUGGAUACUGAUCCUCCCUCACACCUGAUUGAGGCGACUUCUGAUCCAGGGCCCACGCCUCAGAAUGCUAACUCAAUAGCACGCGCAUCUGAAGGUUCAACUGGAGAGAAGCGCAGCGCGUCACCGACAAACGAUGAUCCUUCAAAGCGCCUCAAGACUUCUCACGAUUCCGCAGAGCCUAGCAGUAACAACGAGCAGCUGGGCAAUGAGAAUGAGACUACCAGAGUCUCUGUCGCCAGUGAAGCUCCAGGAGCCCCAAAAGUUGCCCCUACUUCUCAAAAUGUCCCAAAACGUCCCUCCAGCAUUCGACUUCCUUCUUCCUUUCCACCCAUUCCCCAAGCUGCGAUGCAAGAGCUCAAAGUGUGGCUAGCAACCCAUGCCAAUGCUAGAGCUGGCGAUCAGAUUGCUAGCGGUAGCCAUACACAACUCCUGAAGACAAUGGAACCAUACCAGCAAGAUCUGGAAGCAAUUUGUCGCACAGUGGGAGUUGAAACGAAUGAUAUUGAUUGGAGAGAUGGUGUGACAAUUCCAGGAGUCACGACGGACCAACAGAAAGUAAAGCCCCAUCAGAUUGCUGGUGCCGAGUGGAUCUCGACCACUCUGGACUCGCCACUCCGUGCUGCACUCCUUGCGGAUGAGUGUGGAACUGGAAAGACUGUUCAAAUUGGCCUUGCGCUAGCCAUACAUUAUCACCGAGUGAAAGCAGAGGUUGAGGCGGGAACCUUCAGACCGCGAGAUGAUAAGAGACGGUUCAAGCCAAGCAUCAUCCUCUGUCCCUCUAAUCUCGCAUAUCAGACAUUUCGGGAAUGGUUAAACUGGUUCCCAAACUUCUUUAAAAUCAAGAUCUGCUAUGGAAAAAAGGCCCAAGCGGUUGAUGAGUUGGCGAAACGGCAUACCAUGAAGGGAAAAGUUGGUCUGCAAUCCUGGGUUGAUGAGAAUGCCGCUUCACACAGAAACAUCGAGACCCUUCGUAACAUCGCCAUCAUUCCGUAUGAUACGGCCAGAAGUCGCAUGGUUGACCAGGAGGAAAUGAAAAAGCAAAAAGCCGCCAACCAGACGCGAUUGCAACAGCUUCUCAAGUCGAAGCGAAAGAAACGUCCAGAUGUUGAAAAGCAAGAGCUAAAGUUCUCUAUCCAGGGUCAGAGCUAUAACUGGAUUAUCUGUGAUGAUGUAUACGCCAUUCGGAGACCUCGCACCCAAACACACCAGUUGAUCACCGAGUUGGAGCAUGAAGCGACCCUUGUAGCUUCGGCGACACCACUUCUAAACCACCAAGAGGACAUCCCUCGGUUGUCCGCCCGCGUGUAUUUCAAGCAGGAAGCUUGGCAAGCUCUCCAAAAUGGUGAGAGGUACAGGGGUCUUACUCUAGACCACAUCAUCCAAUCAGAACGUUCAACAGUUGGGCCGAUGACUUUCCGUGAUCAUCGUAUGAGGGAAGAGUACAUCGCAUAUAUCCAGGAAAAGAAGGGUCCCUUGUUCUUAAUGAACCCGGACCUCUUUCAGAAGUUCGGCGAGGAAAUGAAGUCCGAGAAGCCUGGAGUCGCACGGGAAGCUAUUCGGCCUCUUCUGAAUAUGUUUUGUCUUCGCCGUGGAAUGUUGACACCUACGACCAUGCCUGAUGGAACGACUGUGGUGCCAAGCGAAGGUAUUCCCCGAAUGCACAUCAGAACUGUCAACGUUCAACCCUAUAACGACGAAGAUCAGAAUGAUUUGUAUAGAAUCAUAAAGAAGCAUUACCCAAAACUGUUUUAUGAUAGUUGGGACAAGGGUAAAGACAUUGGCCAUGGUACCUUUGACAAAGCACAGCAUUUGUGGCCCAAUCCUACCAUCGUCCGAACGCUGGCUUUGUCCACUACCAACGUCGAAUUUUACCCUCUAACGCUGAAACCCAGUGGUGAGGAUGACAAAGAUUUGCCAUCUGCCCUCAAUUCUCCAAUAGGUCAAAAAGUGACAAACAACAAGCCUUGUUUAGACAGAUUGAACUCACUCAACCUCCCCGAAGCAAACGCUGCCACCACCGAGACUAAGGACCGCAAGGAGAUCGAGAAAGUCCUAGCGAAAGACGGAGUGGGCGGUCUCCUAUGGUAUCUCAGUGAGAUGCAUCAAGAUCAAAAUGUCGAGUUCCCUGAGUCUCGUCAAGACAUCGUGAAAACGUUCUGUGCACGAAGUCCCAAGGUCUGUUGGACAGUAAAACGUGUUCUGGAAUUGAAGGAACAUGGACAUCGCGUUCUAGUAUUUGUUGACAAUCCUUUGACCUCCUUGAUCCUAGCGGCCUUACUUACUAGCAUUGGUGUGACAACUCUAAACAUCAGAAGCUCGAACAAGCCUCGUCGGCGCGCUGAGAUUGUCAGCAAGUUCAACGAUCCAGACGAAAAGAUCGACGCCCUGGUCGUCUCCUUUCAACUUGAUGGAUUCGGUAUGAACCUCCAAGGAGCCUGCCAUCAUGGAAUCGUCGUGGAAUAUCCCGACAACAUCCCCACCCUGCUUCACGGGUUCGGCCGUCUUUGGAGAAUAGGACAGAAGCGUGAGGUCCACUGGGACGUUCUCUAUAUGGAGAACUCGUUCGAUGGUUGGGACGAAACAUGGAUGGUGUCGAAGUAUGCUGACAUCCUUGCCGCUGAGGGAGAAAUUCCAGACGAAAUUCAAGGAGAACAUCGGGUCAUUUGCGCGUUUGAGUUGAUCAAACGGUAUCUUGGACAAGACAGCAACCGGUACCCCCGGACUCGAGUGACCUGGGCUGAACAGGAGCAUCCCUUGGUAGCUCGAGAGGGCCAUUUCUACUCAGCGUUGGCCACCUAUCUCAUGCAGAAUCCAGGACGUUUCAAGGAGGUUGGCCUAAAGCCCUUGUCUCUUAUUGCUCGUCGCUGGAGUCCGGAGCAAGGCGAAUUGACUCUGGAUAUGAUUGAAGGAAACUCUCCCGAACUAGAGGACGGAGUCAUGUUGGACUCGCGCAAUCCUCUCAAGCCCGGCUACGUUGCAGUCAGUGCAGAUGGAGAUCUUCAUCUACGUCUGGAGUUCAGACAAGCCGCCGAGAUUCGGUCGAACUUGGAAGAUGAUGAGUCUCGCUUGAGGAUGGAGCGUGAUAGGCGAAUUUGAGGGGGAACUUCAGAGCGCGGAUGAUAGUUUUGGUACAGAGUUGCAUGGAAUGAUGGAACUUGAUCGUUUGCAUCACGAAAAUGGAAGCGGCAAUUGAGAAUUGAGCCGUCUACAAUAGGGCUCUGGGAACGCAAGGCUGGGAUCGCCGGUUCUAUAUUAUGGAUCUGGGAUUCGGGAGUUUCUGGGCUGAUAGUUGCAGCAUAAGAGUUGAUACUGUGUGAUACUAGCUUCGCCUAAUUUACUUCUUUAUGCAAC